UAUACAAGGUCCUUAGUGAGAAGUUCAAAGUAAAAGGGCGUUACUAAAACCUAUUCUUCGUGCUGCGUUCUCCCCCUUUUUCCUCUGCUCGCUCCCGGGGCGUGGCAGUGGAAGAAUAGCAGCUCCGAGAAUGGCGAAUCUACCACCUACGCUCUCCCUUGGUGGAGCUUCGUUCGGCGGAGGGGCCGCCCCGCCCUCCCCCGCCGCCGCGCCGCCCUCCCCUGCAGCCGCCGCCGCCUCCAGCCAGCCCACCAAGGACCGCAAGAUUGCAUCGGCGGAACAGCUCGUGUUGGACCUCUGCGAUGCCGAACUCAGGGAGAACGCUCUCCUUGACCUUUCCAAGAAAAGGGAUAUAUUUCAAGACUUGGCUCCUUUGUUGUGGCAUUCUUUUGGCACUAUUGCAGUACUUCUUCAGGAGAUAGUUUCAAUAUAUCCUGCACUUUCACCCCCAACAUUGUCACCAGUAGCUUCAAAUCGAGUGUGUAAUGCCCUUGCUCUUCUCCAGUGUGUUGCAUCACAUCCAGAUACACGGAUUCUUUUUCUGAAUGCACAUAUUCCUCUUUAUCUUUAUCCAUUUUUGAAUACGACUAGUAAAACAAGGCCAUUUGAGUAUUUGAGGCUUACCAGCUUAGGGGUUAUUGGAGCUCUUGUCAAGGUUGACGAUACUGAGGUCAUCAGCUUUCUUCUCCAGACAGAAAUAAUUCCUUUGUGUCUACGCACCAUGGAGAUGGGGAGUGAACUUUCUAAAACCGUGGCUACUUUCAUUGUUCAGAAGAUAUUAUUGGACGAUGUGGGCCUGCGGUAUAUAUGUGCCACCGCAGAGCGGUUCUUUGCUGUAGGUAGUGUCUUAGGCAACAUGGUUGUGUCGCUGGCUGAGCAACCAUCUCCAAGGUUACUUAAGCAUAUAAUCAGAUGUUACCUAAGGCUGUCAGAUAAUCAAAGGGCAUGCGGAGCUUUGCGCGGAUGUCUCCCGGAGAUGCUGAAAGACGGAACAUUCAACAAUUGUCUUCGGGAUGACCCAGCAACCCGCCGUUGGCUUACACAAUUACUGCACAAUGUGUCCAAUGGAACACUAGUGGCAGCUCUUCAGCCCGGAGGGCUCGAGCAUUUAAUGGGCAACUAGUGGAUUUCACCACUAUUUUCCUAGGCACUAGGGUUGUUUUAGAGAUCUUCGAAUUGUUGUAGAUUCCUAACUUAUUUUGAAUCGUGUUGUGUCUUACCACAAGAAGGAAGCUGCCAAGCAGCGUGUUUUCAUUUGUUUUUGCUCCUACGUUGUCAAAUGAUGCAGAGACUCUUUCUGCUGUAGAGCAUGUAUACGAUUUUGAGUUUGAGUAAAUAAUAUAAUUGAAAUAAAAUAAUAUUAAUUU